AUGGGGCAGCGCGACUGCUGCCUGCCCUUCCAGCGCCUGGUGCGCGAGAUCGCGCAGGACUUCAAGACCGACCUGCGCUUCCAGAGCUCGGCCGUCAUGGCGCUGCAGGAGGCGAGCGAGGCCUACCUGGUGGGGCUCUUCGAGGACACCAACCUGUGCGCCAUCCACGCCAAGCGCGUCACCAUCAUGCCCAAGGACAUCCAGCUCGCCCGGCGCAUCCGCGGGGAGCGCGCCUGAGGCUGCUGUCCCUUCAUUGCCAAACCCAAAGGCUCUUUUAAGAGCCACUCCAUCUACAACAAAAGGAGCUGGUAUCAUUGCAACUAUGUGUCUUCUAUGAGUCUAUGUUUCUUUCUGCUUGUUACUAUGUUUCACUGUAAAAAAAAAAAAGUAUCCUAUUUUACACUGAGUAGUAUGGGAAGAGUAAAUAAUCAGUUACUUUAUAAUACCUGCAUACAAUAAUAGGUCCUUAUCAUAUCCCUCAGCAUGAGGGGAUAGAGGUUAGUGUGUACUUUUAGUGUGUAAUCAAGGUUAUCUUUUGGUAUGUAAUCAGACUCGGAUAUGUUGCAUGUGUGAAAGGCUUGUAAAGAGCUUGGAGAAUACACUCUACGAGGAGAGACUGAAGGAACAGGGGCAGUUCCAUCUGGGGAAAAGUAGGAUGAGGGUAGACGUUAUUGCUCUUUUCCAAUACCUGAAAGGUGUUUACAGCGAGAGCAGAGCUUGAUCUCACUGGUGACAGGAUGAGGGGAAAUGGCCUCAAGUUGUGCCAGGUUAAGUUUAGGU